AUGGUUGCAGUGGAAGUCAAUCCUUUUAAUAAACAACCGGAAGAUUUAAUGAUAGGUGAAUUUGCCAAUACCGUCACGGAUUAUUUUGUGUCUGUAGUUAUUGGAUUGAUCUUGCUUAAAUUCUUUGUCUCAUGUUAUGUAUUUAGUUGCAUGUCCAUGUGCAUUGCUCUUAGUACACCGACGGCUGUUAUGGUUCGAACUGGUAUUGGAGCGCAAAGUGGAAGGAGGAGGCAGGACAAAGAUCACUUCGAUAAGACCGAUACGCUUACAACAAAUCAACAGAUAAUCUUAAUCGUGAUUGUUGGAGCAGACGAAUCUUCAAGGGAAUAUCCUCUUGGAAGAUUACUUUGUGAACUAUGGAAAGAUAUUGAAAUAACUUCAUAUACUGCUUUAACAGCUACAAUGACACCACAUCAUAGUCAUUCUGUAUUGAUUGGAAACGCAAGGUUCCUUUCUAUUCAACAUCAAAUAUUUAUUUCCAGAUGUAACGUUGAUUAUCAAGGAAUUCGCAAGUUCGAUUUGGAAGAACCGCCGUAUUGGUGGCUCUGUCGCGAUGAAUUACUCACAGCUUGGGCAUCACCAAAUGGAAAAGCACAAAUAAUUCAAUCACUUCAAUUUGAAGAUCAUUCACCAGAGUUAGCGGCGGCAGAAUUAGGUAACGCAUUUUAUUGUAAUAUAUGCGGCAGUUAUCCUGUUGACAACAGUUGUAGCGACUAUUGA